GCUGGCGCGACCAGGUCAUGAAUAUAAUAACCACUUUCAUCAGCUAGGCGCAACAUUUGAGCUUUCGAGGUAUCCAAUCGUUUUGAGACGAGAGAGGGACUGACUCCCAACGUAUCCUUCACUUCUACACCAGGGUUCUUAUUCUUCUGCUUGCUGCUUUUCUGCCUGAAAGAUUGAUAACCUUUGUCGAUCCUCAGUAAUGGCAAAGCAAAGGAAGAGAGUGAAGAAACAACGAAUCGAUCGUCUGCCAAUGUGCUUCCAGCAGCCGAGAAGCCCACCGCGCAAACGUCGCACUGACUUCUCUCUUUUCUUCUGCUCCUCUUCUGCGUCUUCUCUCACCAAUUCUUUUCAUCAAGUUUCUUUGCUGGAGUACUCCAGUGGCAAAGAUGGCUUAUCCAAUGUCACUGUGGCUAAUUCAGAUGACAGGAUGGACAUAGGAAAUAUAGUGUCCACAUGCUCUCGAAUUCAAUGUAAAGAGUCAAAGGAUGGAGGACGGGGAUUCCUCUCAAAUGUAGUUGAAGUUCCAAUUGCAGAAGUUGAAUCAGUGGCCCAAAAGACACUUUCUGACCCCUCCAACAAGAGGAAUUUUGAUGAACAACAAUGUGAUACUGCUGAGACAUUGGACUUCACUCCAAUUAAGUCCCAAAUAACAGAGAUCAAUGAUGUCAGCAUAACUCCAGGAAGCAUUGUGUGGGCUAAAACGGCUUGCCAAAUGUGGUGGCCUGCUGAAAUCAUGGACGAAACAUCAACUUCAGCUAAUUCAAGGAACCAAGGCAUCGAUGGGCAUGUUUUAGUACAGUAUUAUGGGAACCAUCGCAGUGCUUGGGUUGAUCCAACUAGAGAUCUUUCACUGCUUGAGGAAUGCUUUGAAGAAAGGAGCUCUAACCCAAUGGAAGAUUUUCAAGAUGCUUUACAAGAAGCCUUAGGAAGGAAGGAACGGAUAAAUUCAUGCGGACAAUUGUUUGGAAGCCCUAAUGGGUGCAGUAACUCAAAUCGACUGGACCAGUCAUCUGCUUAAACAGAUAAAUGGAAUUCAUCGAGUUCAAGCAGAACUGAGGAUGAUUUCCUUGGAAAAGGGAGGGGCAAGAGAAAAAGAAAGCCUAAAGUUCACUUUGAUGUAAGUAGUCUUCUUCAUAUGUCUGGAGUCUGGAGUGCUCAUGGUGAACUCUUGUUGUGCUUCCCGUACUUAUACGUGCGCCGACAUUGUUUUGUAGGAGGUUACUUUCCCUCUGAAAUCAGUGAGGAAAGUUCGUCGGUUCAGGAUAAUGCGGUAUCUUGGCCUCGCAGCUCCUAUUGGUUCUCCCUUUUAACUCCUAUAAAAAUUGCUGGGAAGUUAUGUAGUAUUUUUUUGUUUCUUUUAUUUCAUUUUCCAUCACUCCAGCAAACUAUUUCUUGUUUAUGCUUGUGAGGAAGUUAUUUGGGUGCAUCAUUAAGUUACAAUCUCUGUACAGAAUAAACCACUAUUUGAAUAGUAAUAAGCGUAUUUAUUCUCCAA